UUGAAUGAAGUGUACAACGAAUGCGGUACUGCAUGUCCUGCCACUUGUAAUAAUUAUAAGAAUCCACCAGCAAUGUGCAUGGCGAUGUGCAAGGUAGGAUGUGAGUGUGCGCCAGGAUAUGUAAGAAAUGAGGAAGAUAACACUUGCUGUCUGGAAUCCGAAUGCCCAGGUAAUUUCGAAGAAGAAGAAGUUUGCCCAUUGAACGAGGAAUACGACGAAUGCGGUUCUGCUUGUCCUCUCACUUGCAAUAAUUAUAAGAGUCCACCAGAUAUGUGCACCGAUAAUUGCAUCAAAGGAUGCCGUUGUCAAGAUGGUUAUGUGAGAAAUGAGGCAGAUAACACUUGCUGUCUGGAAUCCGAAUGCCCAGCAACCGAAACCGAACAUGUUUGCCCAUUGAACGAAGUAUACAACGAAUGCGGUAGUUCAUGUCCUGCCACUUGUAAUAAUUAUAAGAAUCCUCCAACAAUGUGCAAUAUGAUGUGCAAUGUAGGGUGUGAGUGUGCGCCAGGAUAUGUAAGAAAUGAGGCAGAUAACACUUGCUGUCUGGAAUCCGAAUGCCCAGCUACCAACAAAAAACGAAUAGCAAACAUGACCGCUUCAACCCAUUUGGUACGAAGAGCAAUACAUCGUAUUUGUCCAUUGCCAAUUGAGGUUAAUGACGAGCCAGAUACGUUAGCUUCCUCAAGCCAGCACAUACAAAAUCCAGCUCAACCUAGCGUCAUCGAGGAAUCUAAGGAAACAACUGAGCAGUCUCCCGAAAUAGAAGUUGCUAAUGCAGAGACUACUAUUGAGGAAGUUUCUGCAAUCGCUAAACCACAAGGCAAAUUAUUGAGAGUGUCAAAUGGUCGGGAGCCUCCAGUAAUCGUCAAGCAGCCAGACGAGCCGAUUGCGCGAAGAACCAGAUCAAAAAUCAAAACCACAAUAUGUUCAGUGGCAACUGUAGCAUUCGUAUUUCUCGCUUUCCUUGGCAGAGCAAAGGCUGAACAGUGCCAAUACAAAUCAUUCGAUCAUAAUCCAGGACUGUAUUUCGAACCAGUGGGCAGAAUGGCUUUAACUCAUGAUAAAUGGAACAUCAUAUGCGUACUCAGUCUAGAUCAACUAUGGUCACAGGCAUCCGAAAUAACAACUAUGUUGGACCAGUUGGACACCAUUUGCAGCAAGAUAAAACCCCCGAAGCUUUGCAAUAUCACACGAAAGCAAUUUCGACAGCAAGUGAAAAUAUUGGAAGAACAAAGUGAGUUGAUUAGACAGUUUUCUCAUCAGCGCAGGAUGAGAAAACGGCGGGCUGGGUCCAAUAGUGAUAUACAAUUAUCACUAUCAGAAAAAGUGAAUAAACGAAGCAAACGAGGCUGGGUAAAUAUUUUCGGAAGUGCUUUGAAACUAACUACUGGAGUUAUGGACCAUGAUGACAGUGAAUUGAUCCAGAAGCAAGUCGAAUAUUUGAACGGAACUUAUCAAAAUGCAAUGAAGUUAAUUGCUGAUCAGACAACAAUUCAAGACAUAACACAAAAUAUAAUCAAGCGUGAUGAAGUGAAUGUGUCAAAGCAAUACACAAUAGUUCACAACGAAGUGUUGGAAUUAAGGAACGUUACAAUAGAAAAUUCGCAUUUUGAUUCACUAUCAAUUCAAGCCUUGUCGCUAAUUGAAAACCAUCGCGAAAGAAUUAAUGCUAUUAUUGACGUAAUUACUCAAGUUCGUCAUGGACAUAUUUCAACCAUACUGAUUACCCCACAACAGUUGAUGCAACAUUUGGAAAAAAUGUCAGGCGAAAUCAAAAGAAAUUUGAUGAUACCUGGAAAUGAUGUACAAACUAAUUUGGUACAUUUGUAUAGCAUAAUGAAUGCGGAAGUAAGCAUGGGCAAACGAAAUCUCAUCAUAAAAUUAACAAUUCCAUUGAUUGAAAGAGAAUUUUAUGACAUGCACCAUAUAAUACCAGUUCCUUUUCGAAAUGACAAAAAUGCAAUGCGCAUUAUCCACACAACGGCGCAAUAUAUUUGCAUUAAUAAUCGUCAAGACAAAUAUUAUAUGAUUUCUCAUAAUGAGAAUGCAGCAUGCAAGGCGUUUGUUGACAACAUUAUUAUAUGCGAGCAAAAACAUAUGCUGUAUAAUAUCUACAAUGGUUCAGCGGAAUGUGAAAUGGCUAUAUUUACCCACACGACAAAGGCUAUUUCUCCAAGAUGUGCAUUAAUUCCAGUGCUUGGAGAUCAAAUAUGGUCUAAGCUGCAUACGCCAAAUACGUUCUUGUUUACAACAAAAACCAGGACAACCUUCAAUAUCAUAUGUGGUAAUAAAGCGACAACGUGUUACGCGGAAGGAGCGGGCAUUGUUCAAUUAGAUCCUCAAUGUGUACUACAAGCAGCGAACUACGAAAUUACUUCGGAAAAUGAUGUUGAUUACGGAGAACUUCAUAUUGUCAUCCCUAAGCUAAAUAUUUCCGAUAUUCUCAUCGAAAUAAAACCCAAUUCAUCAAACGAACCUACACAUGAAACAAUGCAAUUGGACGAACAGAUGGCGAUAUUGGAAAAGGCAAUUCACAAUCAGAAACAACAAAUGCAGACAUUCCCUACUAUCAGCGUCCAUGACAUUCACCACUACACAAUGGUAUAUGUUAUUGUAAUUUUGCUUAUUGUUUUCAUUAGUCUAUUUAUUUACUGGAUGCUCAAAGUAAGAAAACAGCAAAGUUUCACAAUAGAAACAGUUCCAGUGACUAAUAUAGAGAAAAUUCCAAAAGACGAAUCAUUAAAUGUCACUUUUAGUGCAUAGUCAUAUGUAUGUUAU